AUGGCGGUGGUGCGCGACAACGCUCGUGCUAUCGUCAUGUCUGGAACCGAAGGAAUGGAUCUGUUAGUGUCGUCGCCCGAAUACUCAACAUUGCGGGACAAUGUCCGUUCGUGGCUCAGUCCAAACUAUCCAAAUGCAUCGUUUGUAAAAGUGACGGAGGAAGCCAAAUACGGAGACAUUCUACUGGUCACACGCAACGACAAAUUUGACGUAAAUUCCACAUAUGACAAACUUGCAUCUGGCAAUCAUUCCGUGGUGAUCGGUUACAUGGGUAAUACGCAGUUCUCGAACGAUGAUGCGACGGAACUGAUGGCAAAACUCAAGGUCAAAUACUUAAUACAUGACGGUUAUUACAUGCCCAGAGACAUACCGUUGCCGGAAAAAAUUGAAUCAUCCGACUACAUUCCGCCAGAAUAUCACCUCAAAUUGGGAACAGAAAGCUGGUGGUAUUUCAAAACAAAGGAUCUUACAAUCGGGAUGUCAUGGAACGAAGCGAAAAAACCGGGGACACAAAAUGCACUCAAGGCACUCAUUGCUAAGUACCGGCAAUUUUUUGAAGAUCGCCCAAUCUGCGAUAGAAACCCGUACACCAGAAUUCCGGAACUAGAUCGAGCAUUCGAAAACUGGAACAGGCUACUGAGUUAUCAAGUUGGGUCCCGAAUUGUGCCGAUCGCUGGUUCCAUACGUACGCCCGGUGAUGUGCGUUCGAGCGAGAAGGCCACUUGCUACUCGGUCACAUUCAAUGUGAGUGUAAGUGGCAAUUUUUACCCGAUGGGUGCCUACGCCAGACCUGGAUACGCAUUCCAGUAUAAAGUACUAAACAUUUCCAAGCCGAGUCUCCAGGGCUUCCGUCUCCGAAUUAACCCUCAAACUGACACUGUGAGACAUUCGGUACUCAGACGCUGGUUCGCAAUUACCACUUCUACUGACAUGGAAAUGGAGGGUGAGUACGCUUCUGCAUUCGGAGGUCCGAUAGUGGUUCAGAUUCCUGAACCUGCAACUAUUACCAUACAAUUCAAGGACGUUUACCGUUACCCGUGGUUUGAUAUUCGGAAUCCGGAGUCAAGGAAAAACUGGGAUGUUGAGCGUCGUAAAUAUCAUGGUGUUCCCUAUGUGAUGAUAGUCGGUAAUAACAUGAUCAGCAUGAUCGAAACACCAAUGGCAACGAGGACUAACAGGGAGGAUAUGCUAUACUGCAUCAACCAAUUCGACAAUAUGGUCAAGCUAAUGCACAAUUUCCGUGGCACAGACUAUGCAACCGAUCGGCUGCAGGUAUUUGUGACCGAUGAACAAAUCUCGGCUGGUGAUGGUCAUUCGGGUUACCCGUGGAUGGGUCACAGGUAUUGGGGAAACGCUCUCGUAUCGAAGGAAGGCUUGCAACAAGGGAGACAAAUUGGGAUCCCACACGAAGUUGGUCACAAUCUGCAAGUCAACCGGAUCACGUUUAAAGAUGGCGGUGAAGUGACUAAUAACAUGUACAUCCCAGUGAUGUACAAGUAUCUGGUUGGGCUUGAUUCCUACGCCAAGGGAUUCCAACCAGGCUGGACUGAAGGGGAUGAGAAUGAUCUGUUAGCCACUUGGCGUGGCACCGAGUACAGAGGUGUGAAAGAGAGUUACUACAGUUACUUAUACAGAUACUUCACCGCGGCUCUGGUUGGUAAUGUGAUCAGCAGCGCAGUCCACUCGAACGAGGCCUUCGACACUGAGGAGAGGAAGGUAAACUUUUGGAUGAAGCAAAUCUGCAACGAGUCUAAAUACGAUCUGGUUCCAUUCAAUCGUCUGUGGAAGUUCCCAAUCACCAACGAAACAGCGCAGUUUUGUGCUCAAUUUCAAUGUUUCUUCCCUGACGACGAGCUCACGCAAAAAGUACCCAAAUUGGUGAAACAACUACUGCAUGAAUAUGGAAAGGAAUGCUUUCGUGGAAAACCAAAAGAGGUGAAAUUCAAACGUGAUAUAAUGCGUGGUAUCAACGUGUUGGAUCCACAAAUGAUCUUUCUGCAUGAGAAUAGCUGUGCCUCAUAA